GUCGCGACGGAAGGUGCCCUCGCGCUCGCCAUGGGAUCGUGGACGUCGUCGUGCGAAUAGCCCCGCGAAGAGGAGUAACCCCCUUGCAGAGGAAUCAGCCCCGAUGGUGCUGGCUCUCCUGCUGUCCGGCCUCCCGCUCAGCGCCGCGCAGGAUGAGUCGGUGCACCUGGACAACGCGACGCAGUGCCAGGACGGCCUCAUCCUCUCCGUCUGGCAGCCGCAGCACGGCCUCUCCACCUCCGAGGUCGUCCUCCGCGGAAUCGUCUACUUCCUCAGCCUCAUCUUCAUGUUCCUCGGCGUCUCCAUCAUCUCCGACCGCUUCAUGUCCGCCAUCGAGGUCAUCACCUCCUCCGAGCGGAAGAUCAAGGUCAAGAAGAAGGACGGCACCGAGCAAACCGUCACCGUUCGCGUCUGGAACGAGACCGUCGCCAACCUCACCCUCAUGGCUCUCGGCUCCUCGGCCCCCGAGAUCCUCCUCUCCAUCAUAGAGAUCUACGCCAAGAACUUCACCGCCGGCGACCUCGGCCCCGGCACCAUCGUCGGCUCGGCCGCCUACAACCUCUUCGUCAUCAUCUCCCUGUGCGUCUACGUCGUCCCCGACGGCGAGGUCCGGAAGAUCAAGCACCUGCGGGUCUUCUUCGUGACGGCCACGUGGUCCGUCUUCGCCUACAUCUGGCUCUACCUCAUCCUGGCGGUCAUCAGCGAGGGCGUCGUCGAGGUCUGGGAGGGCAUCCUCACCUUCCUCUUCUUCCCGGCCACCGUGCUCACCGCCUACAUGGCCGACCGCUCCCAGUCGCACUCCUUCAAGAGCCUCCGGCUCAACCGGAACCGCGUCAUCGUCGCCGCCGAGUCCGGCGAGAUCAACAUGGCCAUGGAGCCGGAGGAGGAGAUCCUCGAGGACUCCAAAGACCCCGAGUCCCUGGCCGACACGCUGCGCAUGCUCAAGAAGGAGAACCCGGGCAUGUCCAUGGACGAGCUGGAGCGUCUCGCUCAAGAGAGGAUCAUGGCCAACCUACCCAAGUCCAGAGCCUUCUACCGCGUGCAAGCCUCGCGGAUGCUGACCGGGAGCCACCACUCGAAGAUCUCCAUCCGGGAGGACUCGAACCAGAAGAUCGCGCCGGCCCCCGAGGGGACGCAGGUCUUCUUCCGGCCGCAGUACUACACGGUGCUCGAGAACAUCGGGAGCUUCGACGUGACGGUGGCCCGCGAGGUGGCCGACGAGAAGGCGCUCCGGGACACGGUCAAGGUGGACUUCACGACGGAGGACGGGACGGCCGUGGCCGGGUCCGACUACGUGGGCGCCUCCGGGACGAUCGUGUUCCAGCCGGGGGAGGCCGAGCAGCGGAUCACGCUCCAGAUCAUCGACGACGAUGUGUUCGAGGAGAACGAGCACUUCUACGUGCACCUGACCAAGGCCCGCACGGUCGGCGGCGAGGGGGUCGUCAACUUGGGGCAGCCGGCCACGGCCGUCGUCAUGAUCCUCGACGACGACCACUGCGGGUCGUUCGGCUUCGCCGACCCCAAGUUGGAGACGGCCGAGAACGUGGGCGAGCUCAAGGUGACCGUGUACCGGAGCAGCGGGGCCCGCGGGGCCGUGGAUGUGCCCUUCUACACCCAGAACGGGACCGCCAAGUACGGGGAUCACUACGGCGAGCUCACCGGCGUCCUCCAUUUCCAGAAUAACGAGACCCAGAAAACAAUAUCGAUACCGAUAGUUGAAGAAAAUUCAUAUCAGAAGCGGCUCACCUUUUAUGUACAACUUGAGGAGCCAAUCAAACCAAAUGAUAAAGAUCGGUCUUCCAAUCACGAUUUAAACGUAGAUGAACAAAUUGCCUUGCAAGGCAAACCCAGUUUAGGGGCUAUUUCUAGGCUAGAGGUUACAAUUACAGAAAGCAAUGAAUUUAAGAAUACUGUAGACAAAUUAGUUAGUUCGGGACCACCUUCAACAAUCGAAAAUACUUCUUGGGGCCAACAAUUCAGCGACGCAUGUAAAGUGCUCCCAGAUGAUGAUUCAGACGGCGAGCCCGCAACAGCCAAUUGUUUUGAUUAUGUUUUACAUUUUUUAACUUUAUUUUGGAAACUACUUUUUGCUACUGUACCUCCUCCAGGAAUAUUUUCCGGAUACGUGUGUUUUGUGAUAUCGAUUAUUUGGAUCGGGGUCCUGACGGCGCUCAUCGGUGACAUCGCCUCACAUUUCGGGUGCACCGUCGGGCUUAAGGACUCCGUCACAGCUGUUACACUCGUGGCCCUAGGGACCAGCGUCCCCGACACGUUCGCGAGUAAAGUGGCGGCAAUCCAAGACAACACGGCGGACAACAGCGUGGGCAACGUGACGGGAAGUAACGCCGUGAACGUCUUCCUUGGAAUCGGCGUCGCAUGGUCCAUCGCUGCCAUCUACCACUGGUGGCACGGUCGGCAUUUCUACGUCGACCCCGGAAAUUUGGCCUUCUCGGUGACGCUGUUCUGUUCCGGUGCGUGCAUAGCCAUCGUCAUCCUGGUGAUCCGGCGAAGCGACGCCAUUGGUGGAGAGCUCGGCGGUCCGGUCGGAGCCAAAAUGGUCACAUCCCUCGUUCUAUUCUGCCUGUGGCUCUUCUACAUCACCAUGUCCACGCUGGAGGCCUACCACGUUAUUCAGGGAUUCUAAGCUUCACACUCCAAAAAAGGAAAGGAAACAUAUCCCAGCACUCGGGGCCUUAAAAACAUACGGACGGCGAAAACCAAAAUCAACCUAACUACGUCAGCCGUUGCCGAAGUUACUUUCCGUAAUUAUAAUUUUAAAGAGAAUAGGCGACAUUCCAACUUAGUAUCUUCCAAGUAUACAGAGAAAGUUUUUCCAGUUGCCUGCCUUAGCCGCCUUUGGGAAGCAUUUAAUACCGCUUAAUUAAUGUCGGUUAUCCUAGCAGACAAUAUUUUUUAAAAAUAUUAAUAGUCGACGCCCUAAAAUUCUUAAAAUGAGUUAUCGACGACAUGUUUCGUUCAAAUUUUACGUAAAAAUUAUUUUUGAUUUACUUAGUCAUGAGACUAUUACUAAACAUGCGAAGCUUACGGAUAGAGUUUUGGUGAAUUCGGAAUCUCUGUGUAUAUUUAAACGUAAAAUGCAAAACUUCGAUGAAUGAAAAAAGGAGCACAGACAAACUGGAAAAAAUUAAUAAAACAACCCGAUAAUGUCUCAAAUGUUCAAUGUUACGGAAAUAUUGAACAGGAGAGUUUCCGCUUGCUAUUAGGGCGUAAGAGGAUCUUGCAGUACUCGUGAGUUCAUUUUGAAUUGAAGGUUCAAAAAGGUUCAAAAUACAGUUUUAGAUGUUUUUUUUAAAACUUUGUGAGAAGAACAGUUCCAUGAAAUAGGCCUUUGACCAUUCAAUUUUUUACUAAAUACUUUCAGGUUAAAACAAGUCGCAACUUUGGGCUAUUGAGUAAAAUCAUACUUUUUUAACAGACAUCGAUUUCUCCACGGGUUCUUCAAAAGUAAAAAAAAAAGCUGUAUGAGUUUUUAGCUUUGUAGUAUGCUGCGCCAGAUUGGGCUUCCACUAAAUUCUCAGGACUUGGGAAAUCAAUAAGACGGUGCUUCGUGUUGAUAUACCAUUUUAAGGGGGAACUGCUCUCAAUAUCAUUCAUCGAACCUUUUUUUUAAGAAUGACCUUGAUGAUCUUCUUACGAGUUACGUACAUAGCAAGUAUCCGUGCAAAAUUUGUCUUUGGUUGUACUUUGACCGCGUCAGUCAGGAAGGAACAAGUCUACCAGGAAAAAUAACAGAGAAUUUUUAAAACAUUGGAAGCUUAUAGGAUUUUCCUCCUAUAACCCGACAACUUUAGAAGUCGCAACUUAAUACGGCUUUUCUCAGAAUGUAUCCGGCUUGAGUUGGUUUCUGUUUGUGAAAUUGGUCCCAAUUAGCAAGCGAAAAGUUUUUCCUAAAAAUCUAUCAUUCUUUUGAGUUGAUUACGGUGCCCUUCCCCCUCGUGAGAUGACGUGUUAUUAUCAAAGCUUCAUCAACUCACGAAGGCCUUUUUUCAUCGGACAUGACCUGAAGGCUCUUUCGAAGUAGUUCACAUUUUAUUCUGUGCCUCGCUACAAGGAAGAAUUCAAGCAGACUUGAGAGAAAAAAUGUAUUUUUAAGUCCCCGCUUACCCAAUCUGAGCAAUUUAAUCAAAUUAGUCAAAGUUACAUUCGGAGAUGAACAGCAUUUUUCGUCCAAUAGGAUAAAUGAUCGAUUUGAUGGACGUAAUUGGCUUAGUGAUGACUAACACCUAAUCGUCGCGACAAAAAAACAAGUUCGGUAGCUCAAGUAGCACAUAUUGCAAUUAAAUGGUACGUUACGGCUAACAUGCAGGAGUGCUGAGCAUGUUGUCUCUCAUUGAAAAGGGCUCCUCUUACUGGAAUUAAUUUAAAAAAAGUUGCAAUUUUUUUGCAUUGCAAAUUUCCUAUCUUCCUCUCACGAGGAAAUCGUUUUACUGAUUGUUAGAAAUCGGCAUUAAGUGACCAAAUGUUGUAAAAAUACAAUUUCUUGGUUAAAACAUUUCAAAUUUAUUGAAUUGAAUUGCAAAAUCAUUUUAAUAGUUGCUCUGUGCUUCUUGGAGGUAUUGUUUGCUAAAAAAAAUUGCCCUAAACACUUUGAUCAUUACUAAGGCGAAUCUAACAUUGCUCGUAUAAAUAGGGCUUCCAAAAUAUGCAACCUUUCCCGGAAUGUUAGUAACGAUGCUGUUAGCCACGAAUUUCUUGCUUUUUGAAAACUCCUCAGGGAUUUAAAAUCAACAACAGUAACACACCAUUAUAAUAUCCGCGAGGCCUGAAUUUGGAACUUAGUAACGAAGCGUGAACUUAAAAUAAUGUGUUUAAAAGAAAGGAGGUUAUAAAGUUUGGAAAAUAUCCAGCUUUUUGCAAGAACUCCAUUUACAAAUAAAAUGAAACAAUGUGAGCCACGUAUUACCUGCGGCCUUGCAGCAGGGCAUCCGUAAUGAAACAUCAGUCUUAAAGUUAUCUAAAAUCAUCGGUAACCCAAUUUUCCCAUCAAAAUGUUGGUUUGUUCCUCACUUCUGAAUUCAAAUCAUUUAAUAUUUUAUGAGUUUAACGUAAUAAACAGAACAUUCAACCUAAUGUGAAUUUUCUCCGCCUACCUUUGAUCCAUUCAAAAACGGAGCAUUACUACUAAGUUUCAUUCAUCUAAUUAAUUCGCCCUAACUCUUCCACGUAUAAUAUAAAGCAAAUAUAAUUUUACUGCCAUAGUUUACUUGGAAAAAUUCGGCCGGUGUCAAGUGGGUAAAUAUAAUAAUAUUUUUAAAAGAGAAAUAUUCUAGCAUUCAGAUAACUUAUGUUCGAACAUUUCUUUUUCUUAACCGCAUUGUUGCCUUCUGGAAAGUCAGGUUAGCAACAUGCAACAUUGACCGAUAAGUCAGACAAGUGUAAUUUCUAGAAUGACAAUUGUUUAGUUGAGGGGCUGUUCAUUGAAUGUAAGCGUACAUUACGAGUGAGUUACAGGCAUUCAAGGCUGCGUUACGUAACGCUAGAAUAGAAACAUAUAGGUAGUUCCAGUUUUUCUUAAAAAAUAUAAGUUAAAAAAUAAUGUGGGCUGACACUUUUUCUAUCGAAAUUCAUCGCAAAACGAUAAUUUGAGGGUAAGGGGCGGACAAUGUAUUUUUAAUGGGCUUAGCUUGUGCUACGGAUGCGUUACGAGGGGAGGAGGUUCCAAUUUUCAGCGUAAUAUGAACGGCCUUUGAGCAAGAAAUAAAAUAUUGAGAUGUCUGCUACAUAGGAACAGGUUCCAUUCAUUUCAAUCUAAAUUCAUUGCAAACUAAGAUUAAUCAAAUUUACAUUACUUUCAUAAUUUAUUUUUACUUGAACAAUUUCGGUAACAAACUUUUUAGAAUAGGACACAUGGCAAAAAUGCUUAAAAUAAAUCAUUCUUUUCAGCAAGUCCUAGUUUCUUUAUCAAAUGGAAGAAAAAACCGUUUUGCUUCAUGAAAUAGACUAGUUUACGACCAAAUUCAACCAAAGACUGUAAAAAUUUCUCUUUAUUUUUUGGCGAAUGUUUUCCUCCCCUUAGCUCCUCCUCAAACGCCCUUAGUUGAGCCUCUGAAAUUAAUGCGAUCAAAACUCGUUGUUCACUACACAAUCACCUUCUCUAAAAGAAUUAUAGAGGGUCUUUCGGAAUUUUUAAUUCUGAAAAUUUCGAAUGAACUUUUCAUGAACACGCGAUUAUUUGAUAAUUCACACAAUUCCUGUGAGUGAGUGCCUGAAUUUAAAAAAAAGAGAUUUUUAUUCUAGGCUUGGUAGAAUUAACUUGUUCCAAAAAAUAAAUACAUUUUAGAUUAAACCACAAUCUUGAGCUGUUAAGAUCCUAUAACGGUCCAACUAACAACUCCCACGAAACCUUCCCCCGCAAACUUCAUGAAGUUUAAGGAAGCCUGUACCGUGUACCCCUCCAUUUGUCGUCCAUUUUGAAAAAUCUUGAGCCUAUGGACUCUUCCAAGCAUUAAACCUCUCUUUAUCCUAUCAUAUUAAGUUUGAGCCAUUAUUUGUUAAUAAGCCUUGUAAAUAUCAUCUCAUAUCGCCAAUUUUUGACUUUUUGUUACUUGUAUAGACAUCGUAAUUUACGGAAAAUUUUAUAUUAUUGUUACGUUAAUCGACUUAUUAAGUUAUCGAAUUGGAUUUUCGUUUAUUUUUGUAUAUUUAAAAAGUGGAGAUCUCGUCAUCACUAUUACUGUCGUAAUCUUUCUAAAAGUUUUCUUGUGUCCGUCUAAGAUAUAAUUAACACUCGUACAUCCAACGGGCUGUCACUUAUUAAGACGCGGCCUGCAUAUUUAUGGCCUAAAAUAAAAACCUAACUAGUAUUUAACCAACUAAGAUAUCUGAAGAAAAAUUCAGUUGAUGAAAUUUAUAAUUGUUGAGGCAUCAUUAACAAAAUGAAGGCAGUCUUGAACAUUUUCCGUCUCUAUUUUAGCGAAGAUACAUGUUUUCUUCAAAAGUACCAAAAUCAACAAAUUUACAUUCCAAACCUGUCUAUGUUUUACUACUGUCACAAUAAUGGAAGUCGUGAUGUGAGGAACAACUUAAAUCUAUAGUGAGGAGUUACCCGAUGCCUCAAUAUCUUAAAUCAUUAUAGUCAUGAAUGGUUUAAUCCGUCAAUCGAGUACAAUCAAACAGGUCGAAAAAAUCAAGUCAAUCCUACUUGACUUCCAUCAAGCUCACAGCCUUCCAUUAGAAUUAAAUUAAGUAAUCGUGAUAGGUUUCUUUCAAAUAGAAGACUAGAUACCAUGCAUACCAUAAGAAAAUCAAAAGGGCGUAAUCACAUUGUGGUACGGUACCUAUUUCAUGUUACUCCCAUUAUCAGCUUUAGUACGUUCUCUGUCAACAAUAAAAAAAAUCUUAGGUACCAAGUGUUCGUUAAAUAACGUCAUUCACUGAUUCCUUAAUUAUCAUGUAUCACUAUCUCAAGCAAAUUCCUUUUUCCACUUUUUAAAGAAUCAAACGCCGAUAAAAAGUGAAGUUUGACUUAAAAUUUUGGAUGUAAACAAAAAGUGCGAGAAUUUAUGAAUAGCUGAAAUACCCGCUACAGCAAUGUGGCGGGUAAUUCAGCAUUUAAUAAGUUCUCGCACACUUUUUCUACAUCUAAAAUGUUAAAUCGACUUCACUUUUUUUUCUGUGAAUAAUUUCCCAUCACUCAGGCACACUUGUGCUUUGCUGUUCUCAAAAUAUUCGGGAUAAAAAAUAAUCUGGAUUGCACUAACUAAUGGCAUAAUCGGUGAUUAAAGGUACCUCACCCCUCUUUAUGAUCUACAUUCUGCAGUGAUGAGGAUGAAAAUCGUAUUUUCAUUCAAAAGAUGCCAAUUUUCCUCAGAUAAAUUACCAAUUUUCUGACAUAUUAGUGAACGUUUUUGCUUGAUGUUUUUUUACAGAAUAAAACACACAGUCAAGUGCUUUGCAACAUAUCGCUUGAUCCGUCAUUUAAACCUAUGGAACAGGAUCGAUAAACAGGGUGUUCGCAACGAGCACCUCAUUAAUCGAUUCUUUACCACAGCUUCAAAUUGAGAAAUAUCGAUGAUCCAUCACUCACGUGUAGUCAUUGGUAAUUAGCCGAGGGUACACAAAUUUGAAAGGCCUGCCACGGCUGAAAUAAGAUAGAUUUUUAAUUUUUCAGAAUACAGACUAUAGGAGGGACAAGCGUUCGUAGAUAACUUGUUAUGAACAUCUAAAUCUUUCAAAUUUGGGGCCGAACAAUAGACGUGUAACACUGCAAGAAAUAGUAUGAUGUUACAAAAACUACGACACAGUCCCUAUAACUUAAAUUUACUUCAGAGUUUGAAGAAUAUAUAGAGAAUCAAUUAUUUAACAAUUGCGUUAGUCUCCAAAACCCAUGUCUAUUACGCGGUAUUGUCACCAGCAGUGGCGUGGCGUGCUUUGCAAUAUAUCGAUUGACCUGCCAUUUAAACUUAUGGAAAAGGAUCGAUAAUCAGGGUGUUCGCAACAAUCAUCUUAGUAAUCGAUUCUUUGUCAUAGCUUUAAAUGGGGAAAUAUCGAUAAUCGAUCAUUCACGCCUCGCCACUGCUCCAAAACCCAUUUCUAUUCCACGGUAUUGUCACCAGUCAUUUCCAUUUGUAUUAUCUGAGAAGUUGCUUUGAGUUUCAUGUAUUUAAAUGGGUCAUGUAUAAUUUUUACAUCUGAUUUUAAAUGUAAUUAUUUAAGACGUAAUCGUAUUGUUGUUGACAAUUUAGAAAACGUUUCUACUGGAGCGAUACUUAACUGCAAAAGGUGUUCAAUACUUCGUACCAAAUAAUUUAUGUAAAAGUUAUUUUUUAUUGUUAAUGCAUGAAAGUUAUGUAGAGUGGAUAAGAGUUACAUAGAGUUGACACUUAAGUAAAGUUAAAUUGUUCGUGCAGAUAAUUGGUAUGAAUAUGUAAAUAAAUACGUUAUACAAUUGUUUGUUAAAA